UUGACAGUGACAGCUGACACGAUUGCACUGUUUGUUUACUACUCAUUUUCAAAAUAGUUGAAGAGGUAUUUUUGUCUUCUGUGAUUGAUUGCACAGUUGGAAGAGAUUUUAUAAAUUGAAGCGUAAGCAUGAAUAACGAAUAUGCUUCGAGACUUUUACCACCGGCUAAGGAAACCACGAGGGCGGCGUGUAAGAAGUGCGGCUACGCGGGCCAUUUGACUUACCAAUGCAGAAAUUUCCUAAAAGUGGACCCUGACAAGGAAAUCGUUUUGGAUGUGAGCAGUACGAGUAGUGAAACGGAUAAUGAAUACCUCACUCCGCUGACCGCACUGCGAAAGGAAGAACUGAAGGAAAAAUUGAAGAAGGUUAAAAAGAAGAAACACAAAAAAAAAUCGAAGAAGCAUAAGAAGAAAAGUGAGGCAGAUAGUGAGGAUGAGGAUAAUGGAAAGGAACGGAAUAGAGAUAGGAAAAGUAGAGAGAAACAUAAGAAGAGUAAGCAUAAGAAACAUAAGAGAAAGAGGAGUUCUUCUAGUGAUGCCAGCUCAGAUUCAGAUUAAUGACUAUUGUUAAUAUAGCUUGUGAUGUUUUAAUGUAAUAUUUGAUCAAUGAAGUGACUGUGUUUAGGAUACUUUUUAACCCUUUGGGCAAGAUUUUUAUAUAUAUCAUUAAAAAAAAAAAACAUGAUUU